AUGCUUCCGGUUAAGUGCCUAGCGGCGUUUGUCGUUGUUUGCGUCACGCACACGAGCGUUGUAAGUGGUGAAGGCUACAGCUAUCCGGAACACUCGACGAAAGCUUUGUCCCAGGAACAGCUGGUACUUACUCCCAUUGUAGCAGAGAUGCAGUUACCUGAAACAACUCUUCCAUUAAAAGAAGACGCCAAAGCAUAUGUGGCUACACCGGCCGAGACACCGCCGCCCGAAAGAGUGUACACAGUGGAUAAUGCUGAGAUGUAUGUGCCCAAUCUGAACGAGACCCCGUGCACUCAAUCACCAAUACACGAUCCCAAGACGGAAUCUGAAAUUGAGGCUUUCACUUCAAGAGAUUCCAGUUCAUAA